AUGGCCCUUGCCGUUCUCUGCGUCGCCCUAGAUAACACCAUCCUUGCCACUGCCAUCCCCAAAAUCACGGAUGAGUUCCACGCCGUCGACGAUGUCGGCUGGUACGGUUCCGCAUUCUUGUUGACGCUUUCGGCCUCUCAAUUAUUCUUUGGACGACUUUACAGCAUUUUCAACGCCAAAUGGGUGUUCCUCUUUAGCUUGUUCAUCUUCGAACUUGGCUCUCUGCUCUGCGGGAUAGCGCCGAACUCGUUGACCCUGAUUGUGGGACGUGCCAUCGCAGGACUGGGGGCUUCUGGACUCUUCUCAGGAGCAUUUAUCAUUAUUGGGCUGACUGUUGCGCUGGAGAAGCGGCCAUUGUAUAUCAGCCUUGUCUCAUCUGUCUAUGCUAUUUCUAGCGUACUCGGGCCGCUCUUGGGAGGGGUUUUCACAGACCUGGCGACUUGGAGAUGGUGCUUCUACAUCAACCUUCCAUUUGGUGGCAUCACAGCUUUUGCUGUUGUUUUCUUCGUACACGUACAACGCCCCCCUGAGUCGGGCGCGAAGAAGCCGUGGCGAGAUACGUUGGCCCAGUUUGACCCUCUUGGAACGAUUGUCUUCAUUCCUUGUAUAAUAUGCCUCCUGCUGGCUCUUCAGUGGGGAGGGAGCACAUAUGCUUGGGCCAGCGCCAGGAUAAUCGCCCUUUUUGUUGUUUUCGGUGUGCUACUAUUGUCAUUCGUUGGAAUCCAGAUAUGGGCUGGUGAUUAUGCCACCAUUCCUGUGAGAGUGGCAACUCAGCGAAGCAUGGCUUUUGCGAGUCUAUUUACUUUGUGUCUCAGCGCUUCUUUCUUCAUCAUAGUCUACUAUGUUCCGUUUUGGUUCCAAGCCAUUCGUGGAGAGACAGCCACCCGCUCUGGAAUAAAUACACUACCAUUGACUAUGUCCGCUGUUGUCGGUACCAUGAUAGGAGGAAUAGGGACGACGAAGCUUGGAUAUUAUGCGCCUUUCAUGCUCGUUGCAUCAGCCUUGGGUGCUAUUGGAUCUGGGCUCAUUUACACCUGGACUGUUGAUACCACCAUUGCCAGAACCGUUGGUUACCAACUUAUUUUUGGAUUUGGAACCGGUUUAGGCCUGCAGCAAAACAUUGUUGCCGCGCAAACCGUGUUGGAGGCUGUGGAUGUACCUGUGGGCACCUCGAUCGCCAUAUUUGCACAAAGCUUCGGAGGCGCACUUUUCAUCAGUGCAGCUCAAAACAGCUUCAUCAAUCGUCUCGCAUCGAACGUAAAGGGAAUAUCGGGCAUCGAUCCAGCCAAGAUCAUCAGCUCGGGAGCUACAGAUAUCAUUAAACUCACCGAUGAUCCCUCGCUAUUGAGACAAAUCCAGGUUGCGUACAAUGAUGCACUGUCGAGGACCUAUCUAGUUGCGACAGUUUUGGUCGGUAUUUCUAUGAUAGGUGCCAUUGGCGUUGAGUGGAAGAGCACCUUUGGACUCAAAGUAGUCCUUCUCCUAGCAAUCUUUCUUCUACACUUGAUUCUAUGUCGCUUUUAG